AUGGCGGACGGAGUCGAAGCAGCGGCUGAGAGCGUGGCCGGCCUCUCCAUGGACUCCUCCAAGGCCGAAGCCCCAAGCAAGAACGCUCUCAAGAAGGAGUUGAAGAAGAAGCAGAAGGAAGAGGAGAAGCGGCUCAAAGAGGAAGAGAAGAAGAAGAAGGCCGCAGCCAUGACGAGUUCGCAGUCUCAGAAGCCAUCAUCUGCGGAGGAUGAAGAUAUGGACCCUACGCAAUACUAUGAGAGUAGGCUGAAGGCCCUUGCUUCCCUGAAGGCAGUUGGAGUGAAUCCAUACCCGCAUAAGUUUCUUGUGUCCAUGUCCGUUGUGGACUAUGUCGAGAAGUAUGGAAGAUUGAGGGAUGGGGAGCACCUUAAGGAUGUCGAAGUCAGUUUAGCAGGGAGAAUUAUGAACAAGCGAGCUUCUUCGUCGAAGCUUUACUUUUAUGACUUAUAUGGUGAUGGUGUUAAAGUUCAAGUCAUGGCUGAUGCCAGGGACUCAGACAUGGAUGAGGUUGAAUUUGCUAGAUAUCAUGCUGGUGUGAAACGUGGCGAUAUUGUUGGUAUCUGUGGAUAUCCAGGGAAGAGUAAAAGAGGAGAGCUGAGUAUCUUUCCAAAGAAGUUUAUUGUCCUCUCCCCAUGUCUUCACAUGAUGCCAAGACAGAAAGCUGCCCCAGGUGCUGAUAAUGAUGCUGCAAAGAAAAAUGAAGGUAAAACACCAUCAGAUGUAUGGGUCCCAGGAAUGACAAGGAAUCCUGAAACAUAUGUUCUGAAAGAUCAGGAAACUCGAUAUCGUCAAAGAUAUCUGGAUCUGAUGUUGAAUCAUGAGGUUAGGCAAAUAUUUAAGACUCGGGCAAAGAUUAUUUCUUACAUCCGACAUUUCCUUGACAAUCUUGGUUUCUUGGAGGUGGAAACACCAAUGAUGAACAUGAUUGCUGGUGGAGCAGCUGCAAAGCCCUUUGUUACUCAUCACAAUGAAUUGAACAUGAAGCUGUACAUGCGUAUUGCUCCUGAACUGUACCUCAAGGAGUUAGUUGUUGGUGGGCUGGACCGUGUUUAUGAAAUUGGAAAACAGUUUAGGAAUGAGGGGAUUGAUUUAACUCAUAAUCCUGAAUUCACCACGUGUGAGUUUUAUAUGGCUUUUGCGGACUACAAUGAUUUGAUGGCACUCACAGAACAAAUGUUAUCUGGAAUGGUCAAAGAGCUAACAGGUGGUUAUAAAAUAAAGUAUCAUGCAAAUGGGGUGGACAAGGAUCCUAUAGAGAUUGAUUUUACUCCCCCCUUCAGACGACUCGACAUGAUUGAAGGAUUGGAAGCUAUGGCCAACCUCAGCAUACCAAAAGAUCUUUCAAGUGAAGCAGCAAACAAAUAUUUGUUGGAUGCAUGUGAAAAAUUUGAUGUCAAAUGCCCCCCUCCUCAGACUACUGCAAGGCUGUUGGACAAGCUUGUAGGGCAUUUCUUGGAGGAGACGUGUGUAAAUCCAACUUUUAUUAUUAACCAUCCAGAGAUCAUGAGUCCGUUAGCUAAGUGGCAUAGGUCAAGACCUGGCCUGACUGAGCGGUUUGAAUUGUUUGUUAACAAACAUGAGGUAUGUAAUGCAUACACGGAAUUGAAUGAUCCUGUUGUACAGCGUGAACGAUUUGCUGGACAGCUGAAGGAUCGACAAUCAGGUGAUGAUGAGGCAAUGGCUUUAGAUGAAACAUUUUGCACUGCCCUUGAAUAUGGGCUGCCCCCAACUGGUGGUUGGGGAUUGGGGAUAGAUCGGCUAGCAAUGUUGUUUACAGAUUCUCAAAAUAUAAAGGAAGUUCUUCUCUUUCCCGCCAUGAAGCCUCAAGACGAGCCUUCUACUAAAGCUUAAUUGGAUCUCUUACAAUCAUAACUGGUGCUGAAGUUUUGCCCAAAUAUUUAUUUUAAAGAGGUAUUUUAUGCCUGCCUGCUGGGGUAGGUAAUAGUACAGUCUCCAGUGUCAUCAUUUGUGUUUCUUUCAAUUUUCAGAGAAUGGAAACUAUUGUUAUGCUUCUCACAUUGAUGAAAAUAUUUGCGCUGAUGUUUGUUAGCUUACUGCUAUUCAAGCUUAUGGUGAGCUUCAUUUAACCCGGUGUAGAAUUAUGCUUCUUUAUACAAGUGUGCUCGUUGAAUUUUGUCCAUGUGAGAUACAGGAAAAUUAAUGACAUAGAAGAACCUUUAAGCUGACAAAA